AUGGCGAACGUCUCAAUACUCAAGCCUAUUCUGCUCGUUUUCUUACUCUUCCUUCUCCCCCAUAUUUCAAUCGCUAAUUCUACUCCUCGUUACAUUGCCGUUGAUAAUAUUUCCCUCAACUGUGGCUCUGCUGGCAACUCAACGGAUAUGGAUAAGCGCAUGUGGAUUGGAGACUUGGAGCCCUCCAGAUUCGCUCCCAUAGAAGAACGUAACCAGAAAUCUAUUACAUCUAAAGCCCAAAGCCAAGACUCAUCUGUAGAAACUGUCCCCUACAUGACCGCCCGUUUAUCCUAUUUCCAAUUCACCUACGUAUUUCCUGUCACCUCCGGUCCUAAAUUUGUUCGGUUGUACUUUUACGCAGAUUCAUAUUUUGGUUUUGAUGGAUCUCUGGCCUUUUUUACCGUCAAAGCAAACAGUAAGUUCACCUUACUUAGAAACUUCAGUGUUUCCAUUCUUGCUAAACACUUGGGGGGCUCAAAACUUACUCUUUCUAAAGAGUUCUGCAUCAACGUUGAGGAGGAUCAAAAAUUGAGUUUGACAUUCAUUCCAACGCCAAGUACUGCUUCUAGCAGAUUCUUCGCUUUUGUUAAUGGAAUUGAGAUCGUCUCCAUGCCAACGUACCUCUACUAUAGCAAUCCAGAAAAUCCAAGCCCACCUUACGUUGGCCAAAAUUUUCUGUUCUCUAUAGACAACAGUAGGGCACUCGAGAUGAUUCUUCGACUUAAUAUGGGCGGGAGCUCGAUAUCGCCGACGGGAGACACUGGCAUGUUUAGAGAAUGGUCCCCAGACAUCCCUUACUUGUUGAGUGGAGGCGUGAUCCCCCGUCAGCCAGAUUUGACGCUCAAAUACUUAGCAAUACCAAAUUACAUUGCCCCCGAUAACGUUUAUCGGUCUGCAAUCACGAUGGGUCCAAACAUAACUUGGAACUUGCAUUCUAAUUUGACAUGGGGUUUACCUGUAGAUCCGGGAUUCAAUUAUCUGGUCAGGCUUCAUUUCUGCGAAAUCGAGCCCAAUAUAACGAUGGCUGGUGAAAGGCCAUUCAUUAUAUAUAUAGACAACCAGACAGCCGAAGGUACCGCUGAUGUAAUUAUGUGGAGCGGAGGAAGGGAUACACCUGUGUUUCAGGAUUAUGUUGUGCUGAUUCAAAAGAUGGGAGUUGAGGAUCAUAAGAGUACACUCUUUAUUGCUCUACACCCUGGAAAAGCUACCAAUGCAAUCUAUGAUGCCAUUUUAAAUGGGGUAGAAGUGUUCAAACUGAGCGACAGCAAUGACAACCUAGCCGCACCCAAUCCUGCCGGUACUUUGCCUCCCUCUCCACCUCUGGCUCAACUACCUGCUUCGACAUCCAACUCAAGGAAAACAAGAUUCAAUGCCACUGGAACCGUUGUAGGCUUAUUCUUGGCCUUGCUCACUCUAGUGUGUUGCGUGGUUGUUUGGAAACUGCGGGCAUCUAAGCGUUUUGGUUCUUACCAUCCAAUAUCAAAGUGCUGGCUUUGGUCUAACCAAAACAAAGGAAACUCAACGAGGACAAAAGUCUCAUCACUGCCCGAAGAGUUAUGCCUCCAAUUCUCACUUGAAGAAAUCAAAACAGCAACCCACAACAUCGAUAAGGAUUAG